AUGCCGCGCCAGAAGACGUACAAGCAAAGAAAAACCAAGAAGCUGACCGCUUUUGCAGCCAUCAGUGACGACGAGCAAUCCGACGUGGGCGACGAGAUUGCGAUUCCCCUCAAGGAGAAGCGCGCGAAGUCCCGAUCGGCUGAAUACCGAGACGACCUCCCCGAAACUAAGAUUGAGGAGAAGGAAGAAAUACCGGAGAUCAAGGGCGACUUGAACGGCGGCCCCGCCAAACCCACCACAAAAACCAAAGACGACAAGGAAGCGGAAGAUGAGGACGAGGAUGAGGAUUUGGAGCCUGACGAAUAUGUUGUAGAGAAGAUUCUCGACCAUCAGGUUGCCGAAGAUGGCACUGUCAACUUCCGCGUCAAAUGGGAGGGCUAUGAGAAGAAGGCGGACCAGACCUGGGAACCCGAGGACAGCUUGAAGGACGGCGCAUCCGAGAUCUUGGAGGAAUACCUGAGAAAGCUCGGCGGGCGCGAAGCGCUGUUCGAGGAGAAGUCCAAGGCAAAGUCCACGAAGAAGCGCGGUCGUCCAUCAGGGUCUUCAUCUACCCCACCGGCGACCAGCAAGAAAUCCAAGCGCAACGGUCACCCCGCCGAGUCUACCCCUCCUGCGUCGGCGAAGGAGGCCAAGAGCAAAGCCUGGACUCUUCCUAGCGGCAGCUGGGAAGAAGAGGUGGAGAGCAUCGACGCCUGCGAGGACGAGGAGUCAGGAUCAUUGAUUAUCUAUUUAAACUGGCGCAACGGCCAGAAGACCAAGCACUCCAAGGAGGUGGUGUACAAGCGAUGCCCCCAAAAAAUGCUACAAUUCUACGAAAGACAUAUUCGCAUCAUCAAGGCGGGUCCUGACGCCACGCCGGAGGCCGAGACGUAG